AUGCGCACAGCCAGUUUCUCCCUCCUCGGCGUCAACCUGGCCCUCUUUAUAUCCUCCACAAUCGCGAAAACGACUACGAUUGGUCUCGAGACGCAAACAGAGAGCCGCGGCGUUUCGGUUCCAAUGGACGAUUGCUUUGACAUCGAUGAGGAGAACGUUUUUACACUAGUGAUCAGCAAGAAAUGUCGCGUCUUUACAGGCCCAAUGUGCACCGGACGAACGGCCCUCCUUGAACCAGGCGAGCAUUCAACCGCGAAACCUGUCAUGCUCGGGAGCGUGCUCUGCGAAGAGCCGGACUUGUUGUCGACCGAGUUAUAA